GGCCUUGAGAAAGGAUGCUUUCUACCGUUGACUCUAAAUCACAAGACUUGGUUGUCUUCCUCAAGGCUAGGUUGUUUUGGAGCUCCAUCUUCUUCAAUAUGAGACUUUUAGCUAUCAUUUUACUGCCAUCGGUUCUGGCAAUGAAGGAGGACGGAAUGGACUGGGGGCCACAAUACUCCUCUAUGUCCGAUGUCGAUUGGGCCAAAAGAGGCUAUGACAACUGGAUUUCACCUGCAUAUGGGUAUGCCUCUAUGGCUGAUUCGGAUUGGGGAUGGAAGAAGCGCGGCGACCCGGAUCAAGAACCAGCCCAUUUUGGACCGAUUGCUCAAGCAUCCACGGGACCUCUAAGAUCGUUCCCUUCCUAUGCAUAUCGGCCAUUCAGGCCUGCAGUCCGAAGGAGUCCCCUUACUCAGGACCGGUUGUAUGGUUAUCAUUCCAUGGCUGAUUUGGAUUGGGGUUGGAAAAAGCGAUCCGUCAACAAACGUCACAUUGGCAGCAUUGGACGAUCCAGCAAUAAAAUGGGCGGCCGACUGCGCCGUUAUGCUUAAACAAGCUUCCAUAUCAUUCAAUACAUGGCUUUCAUCUCUUUGUAACCUUUAGUAUUUGUACACUUGGAAAAGAACAAUGGAUUAUGUCAACUUAUCAAUGGAUUAACAACGUUCGUGCCUCAUAAUCAGCAAGCCUCAGUUGCCAAAUUUUGACCUCUUCAUAAAGUUGUACUUGAUACCCCCCCCCCCCUCCCCAAAUUGCAUACCCCUCACCAUGCACACCAUUCUUUCAAUUCAGAUUCUAGAAUCAAAAUGAACCGGAACAAAAACUUAGUGUUGUGAUGGCAAUAUCCUUUGCCUGUCUUGCAUAUCCUAUUCAUUCAAAGUUAACAACUCGGCUUUCCAAUAAAGUGUUGUCCUCUA